AGUGUUCGUGUGUGCCGAUCGCGGUAGUACAGCCGUUUCCGUUUGAAUCUCGUCACCACCGCUCUUUAACUAUUCUCUGUCUUUUUCCGGUUUAUUGAUAAACGAACGCCUUCCGUCAGCAGUCGAGGUCAAGCGAGGGACCACCUCAAGCACCUAUCAGCACCGGUGUUCAUUGCUUUUAACAACAACAUCAACAGCAGGCAAGUAAGCAAGAGCAGAGCAGAAAAGACACGCGCUCUAGCGAUAUGGCGUAUCUUCUUCACCCGUCCUCCAUUGUUGCCCCGUCAGUGCAGGAUCACGUCACCGGUGAGAACGCCUCUGGCGCGGGACUCUUCGGGCCUGUGCGCUCGCUUCUGCACUGCGUGCACGCCGCCCUCCACGGUGCAGCAUCCCAUGGCGUGGGUGGCGAUGGGAAUCGCGCGUUUCGCGGCAGCAGCUCCGACGUGCCGCAACACUCAGGAGCCCGACAACGAUCCCCCGGUGAUGCUGCGUCGAGCCCACUGCCCGCGUCCGGCACUUCAUCAUCUUCUUCACAGGAAGAGAAGCCUAAUGCUACCUACAAAGCACACGCGGGGAAUCGAUGCGUGCCGUUCGCAGCGACACGUUUCGCCCGACCGUCUUUCACUUCACGAACGCCACAACCGGCCGCCGCCGCAGCGGCUGCAACUGCGGUGCCGGCGCAUCGUCGCAGCAGCGGCGCGGGCAACACAGCCGUCACCUCCGCAGUGACCUCCGAUGCCGAGUUGUACCGCCGCGCCGUCGACUUUGCCGACGUGGCUGAGGUCCUGCGCUGUCCCCUGCCGCCGGUGGAGGGCUGUCCCACUCUGGGUGCCUACGGCGGGAACCUCGUUAAAGGCGACGUGCCCACCGGCGAACACUCCUCUGCGGCGAGUCCAGCAGGGACGCCGCCGCCACCGCCACCUCUGGCCUUCCGCUGCAUCGGCGCAGACCCCGACACCGGCAUCACCAUCUACAGCACCCCCGUCGAGGACUGCCCGAUGCACCUCAUGCGCGCCUACGCGAUUCUCCCCUGCGCCCCGCGGGACGUGCUGCAGUACAUGGACAACGACGUGCGCCCACAGUGGGACACGUACAUUCGCCGGAGUGCGCUGCUGCGUGAGCUGCCGCCGCCAGAGGUAGCCGCGGAGGCGAAGCGCACGUAUGGGCUGUCGAGCUCAAUUGGCACGGCAGAGGCAGGGGUCGGUCGGCGGAGUCCGACAAGUCUGUCGGCCCGAGCACAGCCGCCACCAUACCCCUCUGACCCACACCCCAGCGCCACGGCGAUGACGGCCUUGCCUACCCAUUCCCACGGCUUUAGCUACCAGCCGGGCCAGCGUCGCGUUGCCAUCCAUUACCUCGAAACCCGCAGCCCCGUUCCCUUUGUGCAGGACCGCGACUUCGAACUCGUGGUGGCGGAGGAGGUGCUGCCGGACGGGACAGCCUACUCGAAGGCCUUGUCGACCCCUUUUGGCUAUCACAUGCCACUGGACCCGCAGCAGUCCCGCUACGUCCGCGGCGUGGUGCUGCUUUCUGGUUUGGUGGCCCGCCCCCUCGAUGCCGCGGUGGUGGACCAGGUGCUGCCGCCGAUGCUGCGGCGUCAUCGGGCGUCGUUUGCACAGCAGACCAGAAUCACGGGGAGGGAUUCGAAGGCAGCGCAGCGCAAACCCCUGCCCGCGCAACGGCGGCCACCAGCACCAUCAUCACCGUCACAAUCACCGCCGCCGCCGUCAGAGUACUGCGUGCUGGAGUAUGUUGGCCUGGUGCAUCCCAUGGGCAUGCUGCCAGCCGUACUGGUGAACGUGGUCAUCUCAGCUCAGCUGAACGCCAUGCGUAAGAUGCAGGCGUUUAUUGCGCGGCACCCGAUGUCGACGCUGCGGCCGCGCGGCUCAGCCGCCGCCGCCGCCGCCGCUUCAUUGAGGGACCGCCCCGCACUGCGGGCGACGGUGCCUCCGCUGAAGGAGUUGUCCGCGGCUUUGCGGGCGGCGCCAUCGGGGGCAGCGGCAUCUUCACGGACUGCAAUGAGCACAGAAGAGAAGCGGGAAGGAGCGGCAGACGUGGCGGCUACGUCGCCCACGGUGGGUGAUGGGUCUGUGAGCACGCAUGCUGACCAGACGUCGAAAUCCACCGGGUGUUCCGAAGAGGGCGAGAGGCAGCCGGGCACAUCAACAGAGAAGGAGGCGGGCAAGACAGCGGAGAGGCAGAAGCGCCAGUCGGCGAGGUCGUGGUGGCGGUGGCGACCAGGCCCUUUCUUCUCUCGGCUCUAA